AUGGCAAAGAGCAGUCGAUGGUUUCAAGUGGAUGGGGAUCUCGCCGUCUUUAUCCUGGAGGAGCAUGAAUACAUCGCGAUACGGCCGGUCGCGGCCGCCGUUGAGGAGCAGCCGGUGGCCGCGCGUCGCCGGCGGCACGCUUCGUUGGCGGCCUGCAGGAGGAAGAAGCCGAGGAGACAGCGGCGCCGUCGUAGGGGACCCGCCGCGGCGCUCAAGGCGUCGUCCCCCGGGGCCUCCGAGACGUCCACGACGACGACGACUUCCUCCUCCUCGGCCGCCGCUGCUCCGCUUGUGACGUCGUCGUGCGCCUCCUCCUCCUCUGCGGCAGCGCCUCCCGUCUACGCUCACCCCAAUCCGGCGGUCGUCGGCGACCUCAAGGAGGACCCCUGCGCUGCCGUCGCGCUCGCCUUGGACAAGUGGUGGGCGCCACCGGCUGCCGCGCCGCCGCCUCCCCCUCCGCAGCUGCUGGAAGUGCUGGCCGCCGCGGCCGCCGCCGCUGGCACGGACGCCGCGUACGUGACGCCGCUGCACCACCAUCACCCGCACCACCACCACCACCACCACCUGUCUCCGCACCAGACGAGACUGCUGGGUGGUCCCGCGGGCGCGGCCCCACCGGCUGCCGCCGCCGGGCCUCCUCCGCCCCCUCCGCCGCCGCCGCCUCCCCCGCCAGGCGUGGUGGCAGCGGGGGCGCCCACCCCGCUGGGACCCGCCGCGCCGCCGCCGCCCGAGCUACCCUGCCUGCUCCUGCUCGGCUCGCCGCCCGGAUCGGCCGCGGCGGCGGCUGCUGCUAGGGGACUGCAGCACCGGUUUCCUGCGCACAUGGUGCAGACCCAGAUGGCGUCCAGCUACCCCCAGUACGUGACCCAGAAUGGCGGCGAGCGGGCUGACGGCAAGGACGGUUCCUUCGCCCUGCCCAUCGUCACUUCAAACGGCGUCGAGCAGCAGACGAUCGUGAAACAGAAACUGUCGGCCGAUGCUGGCGCAGCCGCGCGCAUGCGCAUUGCUUACCUCGAGCAACCAGGCACUCUCGAAGCCAGGGACAUCACCGGCACAGCCGUCGACAAACAAACUGACCUCGAGCCCGAUGCCAAUGGUGCUGCCACAGGAGUGGUACUUACCGGUGCCCAGGCAGCAGGGGCCCAGGCCGCAGCAGCCGCUGGCAUGGCAGUCGUGGAGGCAGCCAAGAACGGCCAGCCCAAGCGGCUGCAUGUCUCAAACAUCCCGUUCAGAUUUCGGGACCCCGACCUGAGGCAACUCUUUGGCCAAUUUGGUGCCAUUCUUGAUGUUGAAAUCAUCUUCAAUGAACGGGGUUCUAAGGGCUUCGGUUUUGUCACGUUCGCAACUAGUGCGGAUGCGGACCGAGCACGAGAGCAAUUGAACGGCACAGUUGUCGAAGGCAGAAAGAUCGAGGUAAACAAUGCGACAGCGCGGGUACAGACCAAAAAGACGCCGACAAUACCCAACGGUGAGCAGACAGUGGCCGCUCUGCGGGGCGUAGCGAUCCAGCGGGGCCGAGCGCGGGGCGCGGCCGCGGCCCCGUUCGCUGCCGCCUUUGCGCGACACCCAUCACCACUCACUGCAGCUGCUGCGGCUGCUUCUGCACUCCACGGCUAUACUCCUGUGUACCAGGAUCCGUUCCUCGCAUAUGCAGGCGCCGAGAGGUACCAGCUUCCGGCCACGUAUGCAGCAAGCGCUGCCUAUACAGCGGCAGCGGCGAGGAGUUAUGCGGCCGCGGCUGCAGCUGCACAGCCAGCCGUGGCUUCCUACACUGCUGUGGCAGGCUCCCCUUCGCUCUACUACAGCUAUGGGCGGGAGUAUGCUGAUCCCUACCUGGGCCACAGCAUAGGACCAGUUGCCGGCUACGGGGUGAGUGUGCCGACGGCAGUCUACCGGAGUGGAUACAACAGAUUCACUCCCUACUGAAGGUGUCCCUCAAGUGGAGCAGCUACGCCGGGUGGGGAGGGACAAUGAGGGCCAAGGUGACGUGGGCAAGAAAAGUAAAAAUCUUGUCGCCGGCAGCAGUUGACGACCAGUGCAACGUCGAAGCUUCGCCACCUUCAUUGUCGCUCCCUGACUUGUCAUCAUAUGGCUUUUUCUUUCUUUCUUUCUUUCUUUCUUUCCUUUUUUUUUUUUUUAACUGUCCCGUCCCUCCCCCUCGACUUUCCCAUUUAGUUCUUACUUGUCACUCAGCACAUAAAGGAAAAUGUAUGGGUGGGGAAAAUGCAAGAAGUUUUUCUCUUUACAUCGCCUCAUUGCUCGCCACUCCCCUUAUAAUGUGUAUGUAUGUGUGCCCAGUUUGCACCCGUUCUGUCAUCCAUGGUGAGACUUUCUGUGCCGCUCGCGUUCUCACGGGGCGGCAGGAGGGACAUGUGGGUUGACACCAUGCAUCUUGGUCACUGGCCAUGCAGAUGUCAUUGCAAGCCACCUCGUCUUGUACCUCUCACCUAUGCUUUGUCAUCCCACGGGACGAGACACUUUUGGGGGCCUUCCUGCAUCUGCUUUGCCUCUAUUGUUGUUCUUUCUUGGCUCUGAAUUUCUAUAUCUCGCUCUGUUUAACAUUGUAAGCACAUAUCAGUUCUUCGCAACUUUUAUUUUGACUUGGCAAAAAAAAAAAAAGGAAUGUAUGAAGCCGUGCAACUUCCUUUUAGUUACCCAUUUAUACAUGCCAAGGUCACCUGGCCACUGUAGCCAUUCAUCACUUUCCUUUUCUGUCCAAUCCUGCAUUGUAGCUUGCGUGCAUCCACUGCCCUCCAUUGAAGUUAUGGCAUCACUCACUGAUCCUCGGGUUAGCCCACAUUCUUUCCUUUUCGGUUUCUCCACUUUGGUGGUUGGCGGCGCAGUUACAUCCCCAUGUUUUGGCCACUGUAAUGCGACCUCAGUGUCAACGUAAUUUAAGUUUUUCUUUUGAGUGAGUAAGUCAGUGAUUUUUUUUCUUUUCCUUUUUAACAUUGCAUUUUGCAACAUCAUCAUUAUUUCUCUUCCUUCUAAAAUUUGGUCGGUUCCCUCUCCCCUUCUUAAGCUGCGUCGGCCUUCGUUUGUCAACCUGUAUUCCUUUCCUUUCCCCCUUUUUUUUUCGUUGUCGUUUGCCAAGGCGCAUUUUUAGCAUUUGUGUUUUGUGGUCGUCUUUAUUAUUUUGUUAUUAGUGCUGUGACGUUUCAAUUCAGGUCACCACUUCAGCGUGCAUUGUCUCGGUCAGUCAAAGAAUGGUAGAGGAAAAAGAAAAAUGCCUGGAAGUGAUGGUUAAGGACAGAUUAUUCUGGAAAGCAAGGGAUCCCCUAUGACUUGGCUUCAGUUAGUGGUGAGAGAAACAUUGUCUUGUUUAUUGGGUUAAGUGUUCUGCAAAGGGCAUUUUCCUGCCUCGUUAAGCUUUAGGGCAAGUCAGUGUGGUGUUUUCUGUUAGCAAAAAUGUGGCAUCACACUGAUCUAUAGAGGAACUCAAAAAUAAAAGUGGUGCAUUGGUUGGUCUUCUGGAUGUUACGCGUGACUGGAAAGAACUGCACCACAAAUCUGUCGCGUCAAGCCGUAUUGGGUAAGGUCGCAAGAGUCUGCAGAAUGCCGUUGAGCCAGGAAGCAUGGCUUCGGAACGAUGCGUCUUGUGUUCUCAAUCAUACCAGUCGCAUAACACGUGAAAGCUGCAUUCGGGCUGCCUUCCAGAGGCUAUUCGGUGUGCAAAACACAAGGUUUGCCAAUUGCCAAUAAAUCGUCAUUUUUAAUCUUAUGCUUGUGCGAUAGCGUCAUUGAGCGAGUCUCCCCGAAUGUUCAUGCAAUUUUGAGUACAUGGAUAUCUACUCUGGCGGGCAGUAUUUUUUUAGCACUGUGCAAGGCCGCAGCUGACACAAGUCUUUUGAAAGUUGGCAACUUCGGUGUUACAGGCAUCCUGGAUAGAGCAGUUUAUUAAUAUACUCCAGAAAAAAGUAGUGAGGGGAGUUGUCUGUCAAAGCAUAUGCCGCCUGUGCUCUGUGGCAAAUGGUGGGAAAAUGACAUGGGAUAGUUCUUGAGCCGGAUACUUCAGGCAGUCAGUCAUGUCGCCAAAGACUAAAAUACUCUGUCGCACGAUGGUGACAUACACACAAGCUCAGUUGUAUUUUUUUUUUUUUUUUCGCCCUGUACAUAUUUAUUGUCUCAGCUUGUCCAAGCAGUUCUGCCUUUCCCUCUGCACCUGAAUAUCUAUUCAACUUUAAACUAUGUAGUUCCGUGCACUGAGCAAAACAAAGCAGUUCUUUUCUUCUAUUCCUUUAUUGUUGGCUGCAUUAAUGACCAAGGCCAACUUUGCAGUCACAGGAAAUGAAGCAUAUAGAGAUGGUCGAAAAGAGGGAAAGGUGAAGCCCAAAUGUCGGCUGUUCACGUCAUUGACAACUCAACACUUUAUUGCAGUUGUUGAGGGCCCUAGUUCUCGCCGGAUCCCCCCCCCCCUCCUCUUUUGCAGAUGUCGCUCUCAACUCACUUUUACCCUGAAGCAGCUUCUACUUUCCCACGCUGCACGCGUUUUUGAUAAAGUGGUCUAAGCCUCAGGCGAUAAGUGUCAAAUCCAUCAGCCUGGCAUAAAGUUUAGAUAGCUCCUUUUUCUUUCUUUAUUUCUCGAACACGGUAGUUGCUAGUUGUGUUCCCCAUCUCAACACUUCCCAGCUUUUGAAAGGCUCGCCUUUCAGUAGACAUGAGCUUGUAUAUCCGCACUCUUGAUAGUAGCUGCAUGGCAUUUUUGUUUUAACUUGUCAGCAUGGCCGUUCUGUUUCCUGCAAGGUGUUCAUCACCCGGGACAGCAUUGUAUGUGGUUUUUGUCGAAAUGCCCGUUUUUAUGUUGCACUCAUGCUGGGAGACAGGUUCAGUGCAAGUGAUGAAUCUAAUUGCAGGACAUGUUCGUCAGCCUCUCAAGACCCCGUGCUUUUUCACUUGGGUUUCAUUGGCUUUGUUUAAGGCAGGAACGAGGCAACUCUGAAGCACUGUCAAUAACCAGUUCUGUUUCAUAUUGUCUGUGUUACCAUUCAUUCUCAUUCAAACCCCAGUAAGACCUCUUUGAAUGGCUUUCAGUUAUGCUGUGCAGAGUAAUCCUGUUGUUGUGCUUUGCAAAAGCUCCAUACUCCCAAGCACUGCUUUGGGAAUUGUGGUUUCUGUUGUGGUGCAGCUGAUUCUUUGGAUGUUUACAAUAUUCUUUUCUUAAGUGCUCGGACAAUUCGAACCAUGUUGUUUGUCACUCCAAGCCUCUCUUGUGUGUACUGUGUAUCGUAGAAGUAAACGGCAGCUGAUGCCCAUGACUAGGGCUCUUGCAGUACUUUGUGUGUGCGCGCGUGUGUGGGCCCACUUUGCAUUAUGCCUUUCAACAGUUUUGAAUGCAAUCAAUAUUCAACACAUCUAUUUUAUACUUGGUAAUUCUUUACAGCAAAUUUUGAAACAAAAUUACUGGCACGUAGUAGGUUCCUUUUUCUUCUUUGAUCUUUUUUUUUUUUAAGAGUUGUUUUCUUCUGAAAAUUCUGGAGCUCAUUAUUCAGUGCAAACGUGUUGCGACUUGUUUUGUCUACCUCAAGGGUAUUAUUGCAGUUCUCAUUAUAACCUUUCAUGUGGGACACUCGAGAUUAGAAUAAACGUCUUGGUCAUGGUAUUUUAUCAUUUCAAUGAAGUUUUUACUUUGCUCUUCCAAAGCAUUUUUGUGCCUGUGAUGUGCGUGCAUAUAUAGCCUCAAAUGUAAAAAGUGCACAUCCACUUUUGUUUCAAAGAGAGCAGAAUACAGGCAUGACAACAAGGUCUGGUUUCUUCAAGUACAAGAUUUCCAACACUUUUGAUUCAUUGACGUCCCGCAAUUCAAAGUGUUUGAUUCCCUUUCCUUUGCAUAGCUAACACGCAAAAGACUCGUUUGCUAGUGCUUUAUUUUUUUCUCUGUAAAAUUGUCAAAGCAUGCAAGUUUCAUGUCAAAUAUUUGCAUGUGAGCCGUAUCACUGGCACAUGCCCUUUCCAAUUUCGGCAUUCUUUGCGGCAAACUCUUGAAAAAUCUUGUUUCUGCUGUCGUCACCUUGCAAAGUGUAACUAGGCUGGUGCCUUCACCUUCAUGAGUGACAUGUGCGUGUUGUGCUUUCUUUAUUUUAUUUUCCCCACCGCUGUUCCUUCAAAAAGGGAUGCGAACAGUACACACAAUGAAUCUCUUCUUGUUGCUACACAAAACAGAAACAAGAGAUGCGAGAAGUGGACAAGCAGUCUUUGUUUUUUUUUCUUUUCUGUGUGUUGUAUGUGUAAUAAUGGUUGAAUAAACGAAACGGCCGAUGUAAGGAA